CGCGGGCGGCGCCUGCGGGAACGUCUUCCAGUGCUCCGCCAAGGGCAGCCUGCGACGCUUCGCCAGCGCUGACGGGGGAGCUGUGUUGGCGCCUCGAGGACCACGUCCUGGAGCGGAUGCCCCACUUCCACAGGAUGCGCAUCUUCGCACUGCGCUUCCACCAGCAGAGCCGAGACCUCUUCCUCUCUGCUGGAUGGGAUGACGUCGUCAAGGUAUGGGAUCUGCGCAUUCCAGACGGUUGCAUCCGUGGUAUUACGGGACCACACGUCUGCGGUGAUGCUCUGGAUGUGAUGGAGAUGACGGUGCUGACGGGGUCGUGGUCGGUGAGUGGCAGCUUGCAGCUGUGGGACUUGCGCUCGACGCACCUGCUGGAGACCGUGGUGCCCGUCAACCGGCCGCCUGCGCUGAACGGAGAGUUUCUGUAUGCGGCACAGUUCUUCAGCGGCGACCCCUACGGCGACACAUUACUGUGCGGUGGCAGCGGACUCCCAGCCGUGGAGAUUGUCAGCGUCAAGCAGAGAAAGGUGCUUGGCAGUUUCCGCGUCCUAAAGGCAGUGCAAGCCAUCGACAGCUGCGGCACCAAGAUCGUGUACGGCGGUAUGGAGUCCGUAAUGCGCAUCGGCGCCUUCUCUUGAUGUACCGCAGGCGAUGCAGCCCGCGGCGGACGUCGCUACGUCUGUGGAUGUGCCAGAUACUGUG